GUAAAGCUGUACUCAGUGAGAAAAUAUUUGUACGUCACUAUACACUGUAUAUGUAUACACUUCUGUAAACUGCAUGCUAUUUUUCGUUGUUUUAAUGUGUUAAGGAGUGCUGGGUUGAUGUGCCCAGACGUAUGCACGUAAAAGAAAGUGAAUGGAUAAAUAAAUAUGAAAGUAGAUGAUGAUGUCAGUCAGACCAAAUAUGCUUUGACCACUCAGCAGAUAAAGGGAAAUGAAGAGAUACCAGGAACAAACAAAAAAAAACUAUCAAAAAAAGGCACUUCAAGUGUAAUGUGAAACAAGCACUUUUAAGUUACUUUUUCAGUGCAUCUGUUGCAUAUAACUUCAAACAGGUCAUAAGAGCUAUGUCUGUCAGGGUAACAGGGGAGUGUGCCUGUUUGGUUGGACUACUGUUGCAUCGAAGACAUGAAAAGCAAAAGUUUUUAAAGGAGAGCAAAUGGGCAUCCCAGAUUGGACAUGAACCCCCUACUGCUCCAGAGAAUCCAAGAUUAUUUCAAUGGAUUUUUAUAAUUCCCACUAUUUGUGACCUCGUUGGAACAUCACUGGCAGGGAUUGGUUUGCUGUAUGUGGAUGCAUCGGUUUGGCAGAUGCUGAGAGGGUCCAUCAUCAUAUUUGCUGGUAUUCUUUCUAAAAUCUUCUUGAAACGUAAAUUAUACCCUGUUCAUUGGCUGGGUAUGCUAGUAACCAUGGGUGGUUUGAUUCUUGUUGGCUGCUCCAGUGUAUUCCAGUCAACCCAAAGCACUAGUGGAUCAAAAACUCUUCUUGGUAUUUUAUUAAUUCUGGGAAGUCAGUUGGUCAGUGCCUCACAGAUGAUCAUUGAAGAACUGUUUCUAAAAAAGAAAAACUUCCAUCCUUUGCAGGUUGUUGGCAUGGAGGGUACAUUUGGCUUGCUGCUUAUGACAUUUGUAGUUUUACCAGUAAUGUACUUUAUUCCUGGUGAUGACCCUGGGGGAAGAUAUGAGAACAGCAUUGAUGCACUGUACCAGCUUGGUAACAGUCCCAAGCUUCUUAUUUUUUGCAUCCUCUACCUUAUAUCUAUUGCAUUUUACAACUACUUUGGGCUUGCUGUCACAAAGUCCCUCACAGCUGUGCACAGGACACUAAUUGAUGCUUGCCGAACGAUCCUGGUGUGGGCAGUUAGCCUUGUCAUCUACUAUGGUUUUGACAAGGAAUUUGGCGAAGACUUUGACAAGACUUAUGGCAUAUUGCAAGUUGAUGGCUUUUCGUUCCUUGUGAUUGGGACCAUGUUAUACAACCAAGUGAUGACUUUGCCUUGGAUUCCUUGGUGUAAUCCUCCUCCUUCCGUAGAAGUUGUGGCCAUCGUUAAUGAAGAUCAUGGAGUUAAUGGCAAGAGAAGUGCUAGUGUCAAGAAAUCAGCAAAUAUACAGGACCUCGAAGAGUCAUAUAAAUCUGAUAUUGAUGAGUGUAGCACUCUUUUGGCAAGACCCAAAACAGAAAGGCAGCAGCAAGUGUACACCUGAAAAAUCCAGAGAGCUUUGUAAAGGGCUGCAGCAAU